AUGAUCCUUAUUUUUCAAUUAAAGCUAUUGGUCAUCAAUGGUAUUGAUCAUUUUAUUAAUACCCUGAAUUUAAUAAUUAUGAAAUUAAUUUUAAGAAAUUAUUUAAAUAUUAAUCAAUUUCGAUUAUUAGAAACUGAUAAUCGGUUAAUUAUUCCAUUCGAAAUUUCAUUACGAUUAAUCGUUUCAUCUUUAGAUGUUAUUCAUUCAUGAACUAUUCAGUCUUUAGGAAUUAAAGUUGAUGCAAUUCAAUUGAAUUUAUUUUCAAUUCGACCUGGAUUAUAUUUCGGUCAAUGUGUCAGAAAUCUGUAG